UUUCCACUUUGACCCGAUACGCGUGCGCCGAUGUUUUGGCUGAUACAAAUAGUUUCCAGCCAGGCGGGCCGUUGUUCUUUCUUUAUCGGCGCUAAGUAAUUCCUCGACUUAUAGUAAAUCGAUGUUGAUAUCGGGUCAUUGUGGCAAUAAAUUAUUAUUUAUUUUUUUUGCAAUGUUCAGUUAAUUGUCCGUUAACCAGUAUUUCAAACUCGUUUGGGAAGAAAAAAUGGCUGAUUUCAGCUCAGCCCUAACCAAAGAAGGCUGUUAGAGGGGCAACAUGGCUCAGGCAGUAAGAGCAGUCGUCUGGCAGUUGGAGGGUUGCUGGUUUCGAUCCCCCGCCCGGGCUGUGUCGAAGUGUCCCUGAGCAAGACGCCAAUCGCCGUUGGUACCUUUCAGAUGAAGGCAUAGAGAUUUGCAGAAGCUCUUCGGAGAAGGUGUCUGUCAGUGACAUCAUCCGUAUUGCACUUAAUAGUGAUUUAAGACCUAUCGGGAAGAAGUUUCUGGCCAGUGACAUAAACAGUGGACGAGUGGAGAAGAAACAUGGAAAGACUGAAUCAAGCGAUCUCAGGACACCUGGAGGCUCCAUGGUGCAAAGGGGUACAAGGGCCAUGCGUACUCCAGGUGCAGAAGAUCAGGAACGUGGCAGCUCCAAAAGACCACGAGGAGUCCCAGGCAGCUCCCAGAAUGCUGCGCAUACAGAUGACAGAUGGCCACACCAACUGUGUCGGCAUUGAGUUCAAACAACUAUCCAAAGUCAGUCUCAACACCCCUCCUGGAACUAAAGUCAAGCUCCUGGGCACAGUUCUUGUGAAAAAUGGGUUCUUGCUGCUUGAUGACUCUAAAAUCCACAUACUUGGUGGGGAAGUCGAUCACAUGGUUGAAAAAUGGGAAUUACAAAGGAGUUUGGCCAAGCACAGUCGAACUAAUAUCGGUGCAGAAGGUGGGCCACCUCCCUUUCUCCCAUUUGGCCAGAAAUGUGUGGCGAAAGAACAGGUUGACAGCCGGGAGCUGGAUCAAAGGAAGACACUGCAGGUCACCAGUGCCAUGAAAACGGCAGAUGAGAACGAUGAGUUUGAGAAGCAAAGGAUUGCUGCCAUAGCAGAAAUCGCAAAAAGCAAAGAGACUCGGACAUUUGGUGGUGGAGGAAAUGCAGGCAGUAAUCUCAACAAUUCUGGUUCCUCAUACAAGAAUCGAGACACUUAUCAGAAAAGGCGUGAAGAAAAACCUGCUUGGACCGAAAACCGAUCAGAAGGGGUGUAUCGUGAGCUGGUGGACGAAAGGGCAUUGAGGGACAUCAUGGAAAUGGGUUUCAACAAAGAAGCUGCAAGGCAGGCACUCAUGGACAACAACAACAACCUGGAGGUGGCUCUCAAUUUCCUUCUCACAAAUGACAAGCCGAAGCCUGUACUUGCUGAUUACAGCCGACCACCACCAAGAGCAAAGGGCAGGGGUCGCGGAAGAGCCAGGUUGGAUGAAGAGGAUGAUGUGGCUGGAGGAAGGCCCUCUGGUCCAAGCACUCUGUUUGAUUUCCUGGAAUCAAAGAUGGGGGCCUUUUCUAUUGAUGAGCCAAAAAGCCAGCCAGCUCCAAAACCUCAGGGUCAGCUGAACAAGAUGAUGUUCCCAGACACAGACUAUUUCUCCAAAGACUUGCAAAAUAAAUAUCCCUCAAGGAAUGAUCCAAGACUGCAGAGAAGCGACAAACCCCCACGCUUCCAGAAGGACAGUGAGCUCUUCAAGUCAGGCCUGGACUCUUCUACUGCCAGCCAGCGAUGGAGGGGACCUGAGAACUCUGGUGCAGGUGGCCCAGACAAAUGGCAGGAUGAGGGCAGGAGGGGUGGGCGGGUGUUCCAUGGAAAUCCACGAUCACGCGAUCACACUGUUCCUGGAGCUUUUCCUCAUCGGUCAAGGGACAUUGCUGGCUCUAGUGGAUUCCAGCAAGGAUCCAGAGACCAUAUAAGUUCUGGCGGAUUCCACCAAGGAUCUAGAGAUCAAGCAACUUCUGUUGGAUUCCAGCAAGGCUCUGAUGCGUCUUUCAAGAAGACUCCAAAUGACAAUGGAAUACAACACAAACCCCCAGAGAGCAACUCUGGGGAAUUGGACGUUAAGGGAGGCUCUCGGUCUGAUAACAAAUUUGAGGGCAACGGUAAAAGGAGAGGGGUGUUUGACAGGCAACACUCAGAUACUGCUGUCAGAAAAUCAGAUGUUGUUGGUUCUCUGAAUUCCUCCAACUUGUGGGGCAAUAAGAAUACCAUUGUGACACAGGACUUGAAUAUGGUUGGGGCUGGUGGUCACACACACAUUCAAAAUGGGUACUCAGAGCAGCGGCGGACUGGGCCUAUUAAACAGCAGUGUGGUGUAACCUCUGGUGAGGGGUUCUCCAACAAAAACAUCUCUCAGAACUCUGGGCCCAAGAAAAGGUCCGGACCAAUCAAAAGUCAAAAAGGCAUAGAAUCAGUUUUGGUCUCGGAAUCAAGCGCACAUGGGCUGAAUAACUGGAAACCAGGCGACCAGUGCCUUGCACUGUACUGGGAAGAUAACAAGUUCUAUCGUGCCAGAAUCGAUGCAGUGCAUCCAUCUGGAACGACUGCUGUUGUUGUGUUCAGUGACUAUGGAAAUUGUGAAGAAGUCCUCCUCCAUAAUAUCAAGCCUGUUCACAUGGACUCCUGGAAUACCGCAGGGGAGGGGAUGGCCAGCCAAGGCGAACACGACCAACUCAGCAGUAUUACCAGCCGCCAAGAGCUAGAGACUGAUGUGGACCCACGUAAAAACGCUGCUUCUUCAAGGAAAUGCAGCGCACCUGAAAUCUCAUGACUUUGGCUGAUCUUCCACUAGGCUUUCUUCCAUAUUUAUGUGUUCAUGUCAAGACGUGCAACAUUCUAAAGGGCUUUCACUGUUGCUGCAAAAAUCAAAUGCAAUGAAAACAAAUUAAACUUUGUAAUGUACAAAGACAUGAUGAUUUGUAAAAUAAUAAAAUGAAAAUGGUAGCACAUGUCACACA